AAUCCCACCAAGUUCUGGCUCAGCUUUUGGAUACCUUGCUGGUGAUAGGGAAGAAACUUCAAGAGAACCCUACAGUGCGAGGACAUCUCGUCGACGUGGCUUGCAAGCAUUUGACGGAUUCCUCGCACGGCGUACGGAACAAAUGCCUGCUCCUGAUUGGCUGCCUGGGAUCAGUGGAGAAAGGGGGCUCGAAGGAAGUGGAGCGCCAGUCCCCCAAAGACGUCCAGAAGAUCAUCGGUGAUCACUUUAGUGACCAGGACCCACGAGUGAGGACGGCAGCUAUCAAAGCCAUGUUGCAGCUCCACGAAAGGGGUUUAAAGUUGCAGCAAGCCAUUUAUAACCAGGCUUGCAAACUCUUAAUGGACGAUUACGAACAGGUCCGCAGCGUCGCGGUGCAGCUCACCUGGGUCCUCAGCCAGCUUUACGCGGAAAGCGCAAACGCACCGCUCACGAACGGGCUAAAGAGCUGUACAGUUCCGGCGAGUUCUCCAGUGGCAGGAAAUGGGGGGACGACGCCCCGAAAGAAGAAGUAGACACGGGAGCCGUGAACCUCAUUGAAUCGGGAGCCUGCGGAGCUUUCGUCCACGGCCUGGAAGAUGAGAUGUACG